CUCUCGCAAAGUCUCGCGAAUUUUGCUAGGGGAAACUGGCCUGGGUGGAGAGGCUGAGAAGGGGAGAUCUGGUGGGCGGGCCUUGCGCUUAGGGGACCGUAGCACCGUUAGCCGGUGCUGUGGUUGGUACUUCGCUGUUGGGGACGCUCUCAGGUCGCCCGGAUCAAUUUUCCCAAUGGGUGACUGGAAAAUUAGGGGGUAGAAAAUCUUGAGGGUCGGAGGCAUUUUUUUUCUUGGCUCCGCCCUCUUCCUGUUAGAGACCUGGGCGUCUGGCCCGCAGAGGAGGAAGGGCAGCUUGGCGGGGCUGCAGAAGAGUGCUUUGCGCACGCGCCAGUCCGAGUGUGUGAGUGUUUGUGUUCACGCGCAGGCGCGCGCGCUCCUGCAUUUAGGAAGCCUGGGAAGGACCGGUGUGUUAGGAGAUGAGCGGGGAAAGCAUAGUCCCCUGUCUUUGGUACCAGACACUCCUGACUGAGCGCUGACCCUCCCCACCCAGCCAGCAGCCUUUUCCAGAGAGGCUGUGGUGCAUAGCCUCUGUUCGUUUUCACUGCAGGACCAGGCACGAAAGUUAAAACAAAAUGAAGAUUUUUUCUGAAUCUCAUAAAACAGUAUUUGUUGUGGAUCACUGCCCUUACAUGGCAGAAUCAUGCAGACAGCAUGUCGAGUUUGAUAUGCUGGUGAAGAAUAGGACCCAAGGAAUCAUCCCUUUGGCCCCUAUAUCUAAAUCAUUGUGGACUUGCUCAGUAGAAUCUUCCAUGGAAUAUUGUAGAAUAAUGUAUGAUAUAUUUCCUUUCAAAAAGCUGGUGAAUUUCAUUGUGAGUGACUCUGGAGCACAUGUUUUAAAUUCUUGGACUCAAGAAGACCAAAAUUUGCAGGAGCUGAUGGCAGCGUUAGCUGCUGUUGGGCCUCCUAAUCCACGGGCAGAUCCAGAAUGCUGCAGUAUUCUGCAUGGUCUUGUUGCAGCAGUGGAAACCCUCUGUAAAAUUACCGAAUACCAACAUGAGGCUCGUACUCUACUAAUGGAGAAUGCAGAACGUGUUGGAAAUAGAGGACGAAUAAUUUGCAUUACUAAUGCAAAAAGUGAUAGUCAUGUGCGAAUGCUUGAGGACUGUGUCCAGGAAACAAUUCAUGAACAUAACAAGCUUGCUGCAAAUUCAGAUCAUCUCAUGCAGAUUCAGAAGUGUGAGCUAGUCUUGAUCCAUACCUACCCAGUUGGUGAAGACAGCCUUGUAUCUGAUCGUCCUAAAAAAGAGUUGUCCCCCGUUUUAACCAGCGAAGUUCAUAGUGUUCGUGCAGGACGGCAUCUUGCUACCAAAUUAAAUAUUUUAGUACAGCAGCAUUUCGACUUGGCUUCAACUACUAUUACAAAUAUUCCAAUGAAGCACACAUUCAGUGUCUUUGACCAGGAAGAACAACAUGCUAACACAUCUGCCAAUUACGAUGUGGAGUUACUUCAUCACAAAGAUGCACAUGUAGAUUUUCUGAAAAGUGGUGAUAACCACUUAAGUGGAAGCAGUAGAGAAGGCUCAUUUAAAGAAACAAUAACAUUAAAGUGGUGCACACCAAGGACAAAUAACAUUGAAUUACACUAUUGCACUGGCGCUUAUCGAAUUUCACCUGUAGAUGUAAAUAGUAGACCUUCCUCCUGCCUUACUAAUUUUCUUCUAAAUGGUCGUUCUGUUUUAUUGGAACAACCACGAAAGUCAGGUUCCAAAGUCAUUAGUCAUAUGCUUAGUAGCCAUGGAGGAGAGAUUUUUUUGCACGUCCUUAGCAGUUCUCGAUCCAUUCUAGAAGAUCCGCCUUCAAUUAGUGAAGGGUGUGGAGGAAGAGUUACAGACUACCGGAUUACAGAUUUUGGUGAAUUUAUGAGGGAAAACAGAUUAACUCCUUUUCUAGACCCCAGAUAUAAAAUCGAUGGAAGUCUUGAGAUCCCUUUGGAACGAGCAAAAGACCAGUUAGAAAAACAUACCCGUUACUGGCCUAUGAUUAUUUCACAGACCACCAUCUUUAACAUGCAAGCGGUAGUUCCAUUAGCCAGUGUUAUUGUGAAAGAAUCUUUGACAGAAGAAGAUGUGUUAAACUGUCAAAAAACAAUAUACAACUUAGUUGAUAUGGAAAGAAAAAAUGAUCCUCUACCUAUUUCCACAGUUGGUACAAGAGGAAAAGGCCCUAAAAGAGAUGAACAGUACCGUAUCAUGUGGAAUGAAUUAGAAACGCUUGUCAGAGCCCAUAUCAACAAUUCGGAGAAACAUCAAAGAGUCUUGGAAUGUCUAAUGGCAUGUAGGAGCAAACCCCCAGAAGAAGAAGAACGAAAGAAACGAGGAAGAAAAAGGGAGGACAAAGAGGACAAGUCAGAGAAAGCAGUGAAAGAUUAUGAACAGGAGAAAUCUUGGCAAGAUUCUGAGAGAUUAAAAGGAAUCUUAGAACGUGGAAAAGAAGAGUUGGCUGAAGCUGAGAUUAUCAAAGAUUCACCUGAUUCCCCAGAACCUCCAAAUAAAAAGCCUCUUGUUGAGAUGGAUGAAACUCCACCAGUAGAAAAAUCAAAAGGGCCAGUGUCCUUAUUAUCCUUAUGGAGUAAUAGAAUCAAUACUGCCAAUUCCAGAAAACAUCAGGAAUUUGCUGGACGUUUGAACUCUGUUAAUAACAGAGCUGAGUUAUAUCAACAUCUUAAAGAGGAAAAUGGAAUGGAGACAACAGAAAAUGGAAAAGCCAGCCGUCAGUGAAGAGUGACUUGAGCAACUGAAUUUAGUAUAUUGCAUAAAUAUUUUGGAUGGAAUUUGAUAUAAGAACUUUUACAGCAAGAUUGUAUAGUUAUGUUGCCUGGACUGGUUUUUACAUUUUUUAAAUAUUUCAACUAACUUUAUCUUUUUUGUAUUAAUUGUAAAAUUAGCACAUAUGUCAGAAAUAUACAUUUGUCCUCCCAAAUUAAACAAAUUUAUUUUAUGGUAAAGGGUGUUCCCUCUGGAAAUGUUUUUUAAAAAAUUCUUAGGCUUCUCUUUGCCAAAUAAAACUCUUAAAAUAUCUGAAAUGCAAAAUAUCGGAGUAUUCCUUUAGGAAAAAGAUAAUAUUCAUAUAAUGGCUGACAGUUUUAAGAAAUUUUAACAGAAUUUGGGUGAGAUUUAUGUUUAAUAUAAAAUAUUGCCUAUGAACCUGCAGCAUAUGCAGUGCUUUUCCAAGAAAUAAUGUUUUUCUGUUUAUUUAUUUUGUAUUUUAAUUUAAGUUGUUUUGUGUGUGUGUUGCCUACUUAAAAGCAGAGUUUUCAGGUAGUUGGGGUAAAUUUAUGUUUACCCAUAUUGGAUGAUGUUAUAUAUACUUUUUAUGCUAAAAACUUAUUGUUCCUUAACUUUUCAUGUUGCAAGAGAAGCAUGAAGGAGAUUGCUUCGCAGACUUGGAAGAAAGAAAAGUUACUGUGUUACUUGUUUUAAUCCCAGAAAAGAAUCUUGGUCUCCUCAUCUCUCAGAAAUGUCAUGGUUAUAUGGUGUAUAUUUGGUGAGUCUUCUUCCUGUGCUGCUUCUGGAAGCUCAUAACAUGUUGCAAGAAACAUGUUAUUUCAAUGUUAAAUGCUAAUUCUAGGCUUGUCAUUUUUCCUUGAGUAUCUGUUAGAGAAGGAAAAGCUCUUUUUUUAAAUAUAGAGAUUCAGUAUUUUUUAUUAAAAAAAAAAUAACUGGUGGUUAAAUAAGGGUUCAGCAGGCUUUCAAUCCAGUGAAAUAUACAUUGUUCUCCUUUAUCAACUCCUGUAUCAUUCUUAGCCCUUGCAUCUGCCCUCUCCCCUAAGCUAGAGCCAUUUUUAUUCCUUACCACUGUGUUUAGAUAUGCACCACUCAAAAGCAUGACCAGGCCUUAUUAGCACCUAGACUUGCAAGAUUUCAGGAGCUGUAACCCAGUACUCAAUUAUUGGAUCAUAUUUACUUGUGGUUGAGUUCUGACCUUUUGUGUCUUAUCCUUGAUACCCAUUCAGCUU